AUGUUUGAAGAAGGUACCGAGCUUAUUUUAGCUACUGGAGAGAACAUUCCUAUUCAUGAUGUGGUAACAAACUUAUGGAUUAAAUGCACAAAUGGGAAAUUUGCCAGAGUUAAAUCUGUAAGAAAAGACAUUCAAACAACAUACAAUCUCUCGCAAAUAACCAAGCAUCGUCCGGAAAAUAGUGAAAACAUCCGUGAAUUUCCUCGAUUAGAGUUGAACUGCACAUUAGGCCACUCAUUACCUUUAGCUAUAAUGGUUCAACCUCGACUGGAAAAAUAUUCUAAAAUGAAGAAAUAUGCCGUGAGAUAUCAGACACUUACAGAAACUAUCACGUAUGAUGGUAGGUGUAUCACUGUUCCAAAGUUCCAAAAUAAGUACUUCCCAAUGACAGUGGAGGGGAAAAACCUGGCAAAUAGUUUUCUGAAAUUGAGUAAAUCUCAGUUGCCCCAAUACCUAAACUUUGAUAUUGAGCUUCGGGAUCUAGACUAUUUGCAAACAUGCAUACGGAGUGACUGCCUUCUGAAAUGUCAUCCGGUGAUUGAGGGAAAUGGGGUUUUAUCAAAAUACUUGACUGGUCAAACAGAACUUGUAACACCAAGUACAAUAGCUAUGGCAUGGAUGCUGGGUCUUUGGAUUGGGGAUGGGACCACAAAACAGCCGGAGAUAUCUGUAGACAUUAAAGAUGUCGCCCUACUGGAUAAUUUGCUUAAAAUUGGAGAGAAAUGGGGACUCCAACCUAGCUACAAAGAUGGCAGAAUUCCUUUACGUGCCAAGCACGUCAAGCUAUUCUAUGGAAAUCCAAUUGUAGGAAAAAGGUAUAGGCACCUCACUACAUCAAACCCUUUUUGGAAAACGGUGAGUGGCCUCGGUUUCAAAUCCAGAGACGAUGGCUCAAAACAAGUUCCGGAAUUUUUGUGGCAUGAUGAUGUUGAGAUUCGAGAAGCAUUUCUUGCCGGGUUAAUCGAUGCGGACGGUUAUGUUAAACCUGGGACUUCCAGCGACAACAGAUUUGCGGUUGCUAUCCAAACAAUAUAUGUUUCGGUCAUGAAGGGUAUUGUGAAUAUUGCUAGAUCCCUUGGAAUUAAAGUUUCAGUAACGGCCAAACCUGCCAGAAAAAACGUUAUAUUGGGACGGUUAGUGUCUUGUGAACACACUUACGAAUGCCAACUGGUUGGCGGCAGUCCCUUGCAGAAUGUUUUAUCCUAUUGUAAAAGUGGACACAAACAUAAAACCAAACCUUUAGAAGUGUCAAGGGAUCCAAUAUAUUUCCGGUUUCGGGAGUCCAAAAGAGGCCCCAACUGGGCUUACACAAUAGGGAUAGAAAGGGAAACUAACCAUAAUGAGCCCCUUCUUCUUGGAAACAAAAUGGCAGCAAAUACCUGUGGUGACAAUUGCCUCAAAGAACAAAUUAAAUGCUGUCCAGUUAAAACACAUAAAAAGUGUAUUGCUUGUAGUAGAGUUGGAAGUAGACACUUUUACAGUGAUAGAACAGGUGCAGGUCAAACUUGUGGAAAAUGCCAUGCCCGAUACGUGUGUUCUGGGUAUCAAUGUUAUACAUGUCAUUAUAUCCCUGACAGGAGAAGUUUAAAAAUAGCGAAACAGCACAAAAGUUAUAAGCAGCUUGCAAAUAAAGAAAUUAUUCCCUGCAACAGGUGUCAAAUGGGAAACUUGAUCCAUGACUCAGUUCGAAAUUCAAAGAAGACAUCUCUUGUUGACCUGGGGUCAAGAAGGUCUUUGUUUUUGACAUCGUAG